GUUUUUCUGUUGAAAAAUGAUUGAAUAGGUUCCAGUUUUGAAUAUUUUAUUGUAAACUAAUCAAAAAAUGCUGAGAACAGUAAUAAUUUACAAUAUGCAUCAUUUAGAAUGACAUUAAGACUUACCAACACGGGUAAUAAUCAAUUUAAGAGUUUGUUUGUUCGACAGGGUGAGAAAAACAUGAAAAUAGCUGAGGAACAGAACGCCAGCAUGAUGAAUGAUUUAAAAACUGUCGAAACUGAAGAAAACCCAGAAACACCCAGUCAGUUGAUUUCUCAAUCAACUGCAAAUGUAUUAACUAGUGCACCAGCAGAGAGUGCAUCAGUUAGUACUUCUAAAGAAACUGAAUCCAAAGAUGGUGGCUUAAGUGAAGCAACAGAUACUGUAAAUAGCUUAUUAAACGAAUCAACUGUAAAGCCAUUAAAAGAAGCAGAUAAUUUAAAACGACCUCUAGUUGAAGAAGACAAAGAAAUUAAACAAAAAAAAUGUAAAGAAAAUAGCCAAAGUUCUACAGUUAAAAAUGAAGCUUCUAGUCCUAAACCACCUGAUAGUGAUAAGGAAAAAUCUGGUGGUUCCGGACCUUCUAAUGUUAACAGUUGUGGAGGUGACCUUAAAGUACCCCCAUUAAAAAUUGUGAUACCUACUACUGAUGCGGAUACGGGCAUUAGAACAUAUGGCAAGAACAGUAAUCGAUCACAUUAUCAUUCAGCAUUACCAUAUGUAGUAUUAUCAGAAGAGUCACCACCAGUAUCUAAUCAGCCUAACUCACCAAAAUCUCUGCAGAAAGCGACUUCCGAUACAAUAGUUGUAGAAGAGCAAAAGUCUCCACAAACCAGAGUAUUACGGUCAUCUAACAGAUGUGGCAGUAACAGUAGUGGUACACCAAGUCGUGACACUUCUCCAAUUGUCCCUGAUGAACAAUUGGCUCAAACUACAACACCAGCUGAUGUGACAGUAGAUGCAAGAUUAAGUAACUCUUCAUUGUCUGCUACACAUUCAGAAAAGACUAAAAAUGUAUCAGCAAUCGUUUCUGGAGAUGGCAAACAGACAACUACUAAUGCUGCAGUUACUACAACUAUAACGUCUGAAUCUACUCCAACUGCUGAACUGUCAGGCAUUGAGCUACAUCCUAAACGACAUAAAUUAAAAGUUAGUCAUAUUGAAUCCAAUACUAAUGAUACUUCAUCUUCUGCUAAUGUUACUACUAUAGAAACUAAUCCGUCCGGCACAACUAGUGAACCUGCUCCAGUUACCAAUUGUUAUCAAAUGUUUUUAAACAUUAGAAAACAAAUUGAUAAGAGACGUAAGAAUUUAUUUCCUGUACAACCUAAACCACCAUGUGGAUUUAAAGAUUAUCUAAUGAAUAGACGCACAUAUGUUUUGGCCGGUAAUUCUAAGAGCCACAUAGUAAAUAUACUAACCCCAUCACCAGCCAAUUUACACAAACAGUUAAAAAAGCUGUUUGUUGAACAAGAAAAGGAAAGACAAAGACUUCAUGUACAGCACAUAGUAGAAAAAGAAAAAUUGGUGCUGAGUGUUGAACAAGAGAUACUUAGGGUUCAUGGACGUGCAGCUCGUGCAUUAGCUAAUCAGUUUUUACCAUUUUCUGUAUGUACUAUACUCAAGGAUAAUGAAGUAUACAACAUAAUGACAUCUGAGCAAGAAGAAGAGAAAAAUAGACAUACAAGAUCUCGUUACAAUGGUCGUCUUUUCUUGUCAUGGCUACAAGAUGUAGAUGACAAAUGGGAAAAAAUUAAAGAAUCAAUGUUACUAAGACAUCACAAUGAAGCAGAAAGUUUACACGCUGUACAAAAAAUGGACUGGGGAUGGAAGUUAAAGGAAUUGCAAUUAUGUACCUAUAGUUCAGAACCCAAUAUUGAUGAAGAGCAUGUACCAAUGGUUCAAGUCAGUGACAAUUUUGAUCUCUUGGAUGCCUAGUUUUGUUACUCAUUAAUAUAUUGGUACGAUGUCAAAUUUCAAGUCGUAUUAAUUUGUUCGACUAAGUUAUGGUUAAUAUUAUUAUUGUUAUGGAUAAAUAUUUUACUUGACAACUUUUGAAUGUUUUUCAUUUG